GUGCAUUUGUGUGUAAUAUAUAACUGCUGUGUUGUGUUUUCUAUUUUUUUUAACGUCAUGGCGUCCCUCACAACUGCUAAAACAAUAAAUCGAUUAAAUACAUAAUGUCGAAUAAGGGCGCAAUAAAAAAGACAAUAGCAAGUGGCAAUCAACUCAAAAGUCAAACUACACUAAAAUCCAAAACGCAUACCGUAAAUCAGAAUAUUGAUCAGUCGAAUGAAAAAACAUUGAAAAGGGAAAAGAAAGAAGUACCACAAAUGAUAGAUUUAAAAACUACUAAAGAUAAAUUAAAAACUAGAAGUGUUUUAGUCGACAAAAAUAUUUUGCUGAAUAAAAAUCCAUCAAAAUCAAAACAAGAGAAGGAAAAUGUCCUGUUAAAAGCAAAAUCAAAUUCUGAAGUAUCUUCAAAUACGUCAUCUAGUACAAAAAGGUUACUUACAUCUAGAAAAAAAACUGAUGGUAAUACUAAAUUGGUUAUUAAUGAUAUUAAAAAAGUUCAUGUUCAAAAAAGUGUUAAAGAAAAAAUUGAAUCACAAUAUAAUGAAAAGAGAGGAACAAGUUAUAUUUAUAAUCCAGAAAAUAUUACUAAUAAAUUAAAUCGUACAUCUAAGUCAUCUAGUUCUAAACAAGCCAAAGACAAACCUACUCUUCAAAAUGUUGAAAAACCAUUGCCAAGGCAUUCUUCAAGAGAGCGAAAAAGAUCUAGAGUCUUAAGUCCAAGCGAAGUAAAAGUUUUACAUAUAACAGACGACACAUUAGAGACAAAAAAUUCAACUAAAAAUGAAAAAGAAGAGAAAAAGCAUAUUGAAGACGAUCCUAAUGAUAAAUAUAAUUAUGAAGAUGAUCCCGAUAGUAGAUAUAAUUAUGAAGAUGAUUUUGAGGAUUAUGAAUCUGAUUUUGAAGAAUAUUGCAGUGCUUCCCAAAUCAGUGAAACGUCAGAUAACAGUACCUCUAUUAUUCAAUUAGAACCUAUUGAAUUGCAUAGUAAAAAAAAGGAAACAGCAAUUAAUAGUGCAGAUAUACGCAAAGGCGAAGAAGAACAUAUGUUAGAUUCUGGCCAUUAUGAAUUAGCUGAGGCAAAACGACGAGCUGCGAUAGUAGAUAUGUUAAUGGCAAAUCAUUUGAAAAGUCCACCAUCUGGUUCAGAACUGAAACAAACAAUUAAUCAAUCUUAUAGGGAAGAAAAACAGUCAGGAAAUAAAUCUUUACCAUCAUCAACUGAUGAAGGUUUUGAGGAUGCUCGCUCGGGUGAUUUCAUAAAGUCUCCACCAAUGUCACAAAUUAAUCAUAAAAAUCUUAAAAAUUCCAAUCAAGAAAAAGUAGUUAAGGAACCAUUAAAAAAAGUCCUUAGUAGAGGUGAAGUAUUAAUGAAUAUGAUCAAAUUAGAUACAGUUGAAUGGUCAUUAUAUGAAUCAAAACCAAUAUCGUAUGAUGAAUUUAUCCAGAAUUAUGGCAAAUUUAAUACUCGACAGAUAUCUACACAAACAAAUGAAGAUAAUCUUGAUGUAGAAACUCAAACUGAUGAAAAUGAAUUGGAAAAUAAAUGGACACAAUAUCCAGUUAAAUGUAGAAAUAAAUUAGAAACAAUUGAAGAUGUAAAACUAUUUAAAAUGGAACAUUUUGGAGUUGGUGGAGAUAAAUCUAAUAAUAUAUCAUUAAUUAGUACAUCGUAUGAUUUAUUAAGUCUUAAUGAAUUUUUAAAUAAAGUAGGAAAACUUAUGUUAGCUCUUUUGGAAGAAAGGGAAAUGGGAGGAAAUAUUCUUCAACGCGAAACUCAUGAAUUUCCUUUCAGUGAAGGAUUUAUUAAGCUUUCAGUUAGUUCAUUAUCUUUUCUAUGUGGUAGGCAAGUUACGAUGCUGCAUUAUUCAGAAAUAAAUAAUAAAAUUCUUAUGAGUGUCCAUGCUGCAGUCAAUGAAGCAAUAGAUCCUUUAAGUAAACAUGAAUACAUAAUGAACUGCUGCAUUGGUUGUGUAUGGAAUAUAAAUGAGCCAUCAAGGCCUACAAAACUUUUUUACUCGCAAAGUCCAAUAACGGCUUGUUGCUUUCAUUAUACAAAUAAUAAUAUUGUAUUUGCAGGACUUCAAGAUGGUUCGAUUAGUCUUUGGGAUUUACAAGAAGAAGAAAUACAUCAUCCAAAAAUAUUCGAUAAAAUUAAUGAAUUGAAUUGGAUUAUUCGAAAUCCAACAUAUACUACAGCAGGAAAUUGGGAAAUUGGAUCUCAUUUGGCUCCUAUAGUUUCGAUUCGAAUUAUAUCUAAAAUGGAAGAAGAUGAGAUAGAAAAUUUAAACGAGAAAUUCGUCUCGAUUCAAAUUUGCAGUUUAGAUGAGGAAGGACAUUUAAUUAUUUGGAGUGUCUUACGCAAUCUCAAUGCCAACUCCAAUGAUAAUGGCUUAGCACAAUGGGGAAAAGUGAAAUUAAUCAAAAGUCAAGAACUGUCUUUGUUUGUAAAAAGAAAUGAAUCAAAUAAUAUUGAAAAAGAAUUUAUCGACAUGAAUGUUGAUAACGUAGAUAGUAAUAAUUUAUACUUAGCAACUAAUGACAUCAAUAUUUUAUACACCAAUUAUAUGGGUGGAAAAAAUAAUAUACCCUACUAUGGAAUAAAUGAAAUGGAUUCUUGUGGUAACACAACAUGUAUAGAAGUUUGUCCAUUUAAACAGUCUUAUUUCUUUGCUGGAUGUACAGAUGGUAGUAUUAGACUACAUGCCUUAAAUGUAGAAAAACCAAUUUUGAAAUUAAAAGAAGACAAUUGUCCUGCAGGAAUAAAAUGCAUUCAAUGGUCGAAAUCCAAACCAAUGACUAUAUAUGUUCUAGAUAAUUAUUCAAGAAUUAUUAUGUGGGAUCUAAGUAAUAGCGACAUUUAUCCAACACGUACAGUUUCAACUAAAAGUUGGGGUUACGUCAAGUGCAUGAAACUAUCACCAUGUCAUACAAAUCGUGAUAUGUUAAAUCAAUAUUUGGCUCUCGGAACUGACACAGGAAAUGUAGAGGUUCAUAAACUCAAAAAAAAUUUUUAUUCAAAACAAGAUGAUUUUCUUCAAGAAAUGAAAACCUUUUUAAAUUACGUUUCAUUUUUAUAAUUCUAAAUUGCAUUUUUCUUCCGGUUUAUAGUUUAUAGUUCCUUAUUAUAGAUAGUUAAAUGGCAAU